AUGGCCAUGGAGAACACCGCCAGUUGGGCGGCUGUUGAAAUGGAUGCCAGGGUGGGGGGGAGGGGCAGUGACCCCUACAACAAGAUCUGGGCCACAGAUGCUUCCAUAUCAGAUGUCAAGUUGUGCGACUGCGAUUUGGUGCCGGGCCACUGUCACUGCGACAGUCGCGUCACGGCCUCGAGGUUAGUUCCACCGAAUUCCGCCGAACAGAGGAGGAGUCGGCUCGAACGAAUCUUUUUCCGAGAGAGAGAAAAGGAUCUCUUGGUGUCCAAGUACCGAGACCAGUGCAACAGUAGAGGCUUCCGAAAACGACGAGAAGCAGAGGUUUCCUCCGCAGCCUCCGGGCACAACGAGGGCUCACUACUGAUCCAGGGCGCUGGAAUUGAGACUUCCUCGCAGUGCAACGAGCCGAUCGAGCCGAUCUCCGCACGUGCAGAGACGGUGGCGACGCCGCCGGAGGACGAUGCGAUCUCAUGCUACUCGGUGUCAGCGUACACAACCAGCACUCCACAAGAGCGAAGAAACAUCUUGAUGGCCAGACUUCCAACGCCGGUGAUGGGCAAGCCAGGUUCGGGAGCUUUGUCUGCUCGGACUCCACGAAGUGCCUCGAGCAGAGGCGGUGAGCCCGAACGGCCGCCCUCCCUGGGCGAUGCGGCCUAUGUUUCCACCGCCGCGGCGCCAGAAGUGUUGGACGCCAUCGCGGAAGCAAACUCGGUCCCAGGUCUUGUCCCUGAGUCCGAAGCAUCGGAGGUUGAUGACAGGCAAAGUGCCAGCCUAGAAUGGUCUGUCUUGGACAAGAUCGCCGCAGAGCUCCACAAGCAGGACAACCUGCGAGCGAAACAGCGAGAGUGGGAGCUAAAACAAAAGCUCCGACAAGACUUGGACAGACAGAUGGCGGAUGAAAGGUUGAAACAGGAGCGCGUCAAAGUGGAGGAGCAGCAGUACUUACAGAUGCAGGAGGAGCAUACCAAGCUUUGGUAUCUUGAGAUGGAGCAGCGAGCGGCAGAACGGCAGCAGAAGAUUGAAGCUACGCAGAAGGAUCGAGAUUCUCAAUUGGCGCUCCUCAGAGCUAAAAGGGCCGAGGAGAAAGCCCAAGAGAAGCAAGAGCGGCAGGAACUCAUGGAUAGCUUACAUCGUGAUAUCGUGAAAGACAAACUGGAUGCAGAGGAGCGACUGAAAGCUCGUCGGGAACAAGUGCAGAAGGCCUUUCGGGAGACUGCUGAGGCGUCCAAGCAACGCAAGGCGCAGGCUGAACUAUUGGCCUUGCAAGAGCAACAGCAAGUAGAGGCCUAUGAGCGUCUGCGAGCCGAGCGGCAGGAACAGCGCCAACAGAUGGCCGAGAAGGAGGCGGCGCAGAGAAGGGAGAUCGAACAACACGCCGGGAUUCGAGCACC